UUCCAUUUUGUCGCCGCAGCCGUAUACAUGCAUGUCUUCUCCCAUACACCAGGUGGCGCUGUCACAUUAAGGCUUAACAACCAGAAACCUCCAAAACGGAAGCUGUCACACCAACAUGGCGUCUGGCAGCGGGUCAAGUAAGGGCGACUUCCGUCGGAAGUGGGACAAAGAUGAAUAUGAGAAUCUUGCUCAGAAACGUAUUGCUGAGGAGCGAGAGAAAGAUGCGAAAGAUGGGAAAGUUGUGCCACCAGUUAAACGUGAGAUGCUGCGUCAUCGUGACUACAAAGUGGAUCUGGAGUCCAAACUUGGGAAGACCAUUGUUAUCACCAAGACGACCCCACAGGCUGAAAUGGGCGGAUACUACUGCAACGUGUGUGACUGCGUGGUGAAAGAUUCAAUCAACUUCCUGGACCACAUCAACGGCAAGAAACAUCAGAGGAACCUCGGCAUGUCGAUGAGGGUAGAGCGCUCAUCCCUGGAUCAGGUCAAGAAACGUUUCGAGGUGAACAAGAAGAAGAUGGAGGAGAAGCAGAAGGAGUAUGACUUUGAGGAGCGCUUGAAGGAGCUGCGAGAAGAGGAAGACAAGGCUAAAGCGUACAAGAAGGAGAAACAGAAAGAGAGGAAGCGGCGGGCCGAAGACGACGGGGACUUUGAGGAAGACGACGAAAUGGCGGCCGUCAUGGGCUUCUCCGGGUUUGGCUCGUCUAAGAAGAGUCACUGACACGAAGCCCCGCAAGGCUAGAGACGACAGCGGGUCUGGUAAUAGCAAUGCCGGUUUUUACUGUUUAGCUCCGCCCCCCUACUUUAAGAGGAGGUUAAAGUGCUAAAUCAAAUAAGAUGCGAGACGAAAGACAACCAGCGUGCCACUGCACACAUGGUAGCGUUACCUGUCUCCCAUUUUGUUCUGACCACAUUCAAUGUUUUGCGAGGUGGAGCCUCAAAAUAUGGACUCUUUGUUUGCAGUUGAAAGAAAAUAAGACCUACAUUUCAUGGAUUUUUGACAGUUGAACAUUAGUUUUGGCCAAAUUAGAAUUCAUCAAGUCGCAGCUUUACAUUUUAUUGUCUGUAUAAUGCAAAAAUAGAUCCCUCACAUUUAUUCUUGUUAUCCUGAAAGAACGUUGCUGUAUAUUGUCAUAUCAUCAGGUUUUCUUCCAUUGGAAGCAACCCUUUGAUUUUAAUUAAACAGUAUUUUUGUUUUUAAACAGUUGCUGACUAAAUGAUAUGAAUCAAUUAUUCAUCUCUAUAUUUAUCAGUAAUACCUUUAUGUUUGUAGGAUUUGGUUUUCAACAAAAAUUGUUGCUAACAUUAUAUCCCGUCCAAAGGCAAAACCUGGUAACUCAAUUUUGGUCAAAACUGAGCUGAUAAUAAUUUUGGAGUUCCUAGGUGAUAUGCUUUACAUUAGUGUAUGCGAUAUUGUAAUUUGUUCUGUAAGUAAGCUGUUACGCGCAUGGCAGGACCUAGCAACUACCACAUAACCGCGUAGAUACAACAGGAUAACCUAGUAUCUCAAGGGACCAAUCGACGCUUCUUUGAAAGUCGCCUUAUUGUCUUUAAUGAGACAUUUGCACGAAUGGGGGCCGACGGUCAACCUGAUUAUGUGAUAUUAUGGCACGAGGGGAUAUUUGGAAGAUUGGCCCAGGACGUUGCAAGCGCCUUCAUUAAAUGUAUUGGUCUUGAUUCUUCCCCUUGCAUACUCUUUUGGGCAGAUAACUGUGGAGGUCAAAAUAAAAACUGGACGCUGUACACGGCUCUUGCCCAAUGUCCAAACGCAGAAUGGGGCCCACCCGAGAUUGUGAUAAAAUAUCUGGAGAAAGGGCACACGUUCAUGAGAGCAGAUUCAAUCCAUGGCUCAAUCGGCAAGAAAAUGAAAGCAUAAGAAAACAUCUAUACGUUUGAUGACUUUGUAGAUCUUUGUAAGACAGCAUCAAGAUAGAUUGGUUUUCCUUUGUUUUCUCAAAAUCAGCUAGAAGUGAGUUACUAGGUUUUGCUUUUGGACGGGAGAGUAGUCUUAUCACAUCUGUGUAUGGUCAGACAAAGUAGUUUGUUUUCCCACUUUUUAUUUGUGCAGAAUUAAGUGCCCAAACAAAGAAUGACACACAUUGGUACUGAGUUAGCCCGCAUAAUAACCACCACAGGGAAAAGAAAGUUGCCAGCACUUUGAUAAAUAAGGUGAGAAACACAAUUCAGUUAAUCGCCGUCUUCAAUAAAAUGUUAAAUAUU